GAGCGCGUCCGGCGAGGGUCGUGAUGUCGGGGAAUAAAGCCGUGGAGCUGCAGAUUCAGAUGCGGCAGAACGCAGAAGACCUGCAGAGCUUCAUGAAGGAUCUGGACUCCUGGGAGGAAGAGAUGAAGGAGAAGGACCAGCAGCUCCGCACCGGAAACACCAGCCUCACACCAAAAACACUCCCGCCGGUGAGGAACAAAGACUAUAAAAAGACGAAGAAGAGGGUGAAACGCCAGGCUAACGGCGCCGGCGCUCUGAAGGAUCAGACGCAAACGCAGCGGAUUAAAUCCUACGAUUAUCAAGCCUGGGACAAGUUUGAUGUGGAGAAGACUCUGGAGUGCAUGGACGCAGAGGAGAGGCCGGCGCAGUCCAACGAGUCUGACACUGAGGGGGUUCAGGUGGACCGAGAUCUGGCGCUCACUGAGAAAGAGAAGGGGAACGAGUUCUUCAAGGAGGGCCGGUACGACAGCGCCAUCGAGUGUUACACCCGCGCGAUGGACGCCGACCCCUACAACCCGGUCCUGCCCACUAACAGAGCGGCCUGUUUCUUCAGACUGAGAAAGUUCUCCGUGGCGGAGUCGGACUGUCAUCUGGCGAUCGCUCUGGACUGUAAACACGUGAAAGCUUUCGCCAGGAGAGCGUCGGCACGCGCGGCUCUGAGGAAACACCAGGAAGCUCUCGAAGAUUAUGAAAUGGUUCUCAAACUGGAUCCUGGAAACUCAGAGGCGCGGAAGGAGAUCCAGAAACUCCAGCAGGUGUCGGGGUCGAGCGGAGAGACGGAGGAGAAGAGCGAGAGCGUUACGCUGGCGGAGGAGAAGAGCGAGAGCGUUACGCUGGCGGAGGAGAAGAGCGAGAGCGUUACGCUGGCGGAGGAGAAGAGCGAGAGCGUUACGCUGGCGGAGGAGAAGAGCGAGAGCGUUACGCUGGCGGAGGAGAAGAGCGAGAGCGUUACGCUGGCGGAGGAGAAGAGCGAGAGCGUUACGCUGGCGGAGGAGAAGAGCGAGAGCGUUACGCUGGCGGAGGAGAAGAGCGAGAGCGUUACGCUGGCGGAGGAGAAGAGCGAGAGCGUUACGCUGGCGGAGGAGAAGAGCGAGAGCGAUCCGGCACUACAGCGUCUGCAGGAACAGCAGAGGAAACAAGAGGCCGUCGUGCAGAAAGACCGGGGAAACGCUUACUUUAAGGAAGGCGAGUACGAGUCGGCGGUGGAGUGCUACUCUAGAGGCAUGGAGGCGGACGGCGCUAACGCCCUGCUACACGCUAACAGAGCCAUGGCGUUCCUCAAGCUCCACAGGUACAGCGAGGCGGAGCAGGACUGCAGUGUGGCCGUCGAUCUGGACGCCUCAUACGCCAAAGCGUUCGCCAGACGAGCGACGGCUAGAGCCGCUUUAGGGAGGAUCCGCGACGCCAGAGAAGAUUUUGAGCAGGUUCUGAAGCUCGAGCCGGGAAACAAGCAAGCCGUGAGCGAGAUCGAGAAACUCACAGCGGAGAUGAAGUCCAGUGUUCUUCUAGAUCCUGUGGAGAACAAACCGAGAACCGUCCAACCAAUCAACAAACCCGAACAUCUCCGAUCCACCAAACCCCCGCGGAGGAUGAUCAUACAGGAGAUCUCAGGGUCCGUCGAGCCUCACGCUUCUUCACCGCAUCCAAAGAUCCAGAAGAUGGAGGAGAUCUCAGACGCUCCGUCCAGGGCUUCAUCUUCAUCUCCUGAACCGAUUCCUCCUCCACCCAUCAGCAGUUUCCAGCUGGAGGCCGACCUCAGGAAGAUCAGCCGUUACCCACAAUGCACCUACAGAUAUCUGAAGCAAAUCAGCCCGGACACGUAUCCGCAGAUCUUCCAGAACUCCCUGGAGCCGGACGUCCUGAACCGCAUGCUGGAGAUCUUCCACAGCUUCUACAUGCAACAUGAAGAAGCGUCUCUUCUGCUGGCCGUCCUGAAGAGCCUGACGAGAGUGAGGAGAUUCAACAUGGCCGUCAUGUUCAUGUCGUCCGCUGAGAAGAAAAUUCUGCAGGAUCUGUUUGACUGGAUUCAGCGCGCCGGUCUGGGAGACCCUUCAGUUCCAGACUUACAGAAGAAGUACGGCCUCUGACCUCUGACCUCUGCCGGAUCAGCUCCUGUUCGUUUGAGCUGGACUGAGAACAGCAGAAGCAACACAUCUGUGACGUCUCAGUGUGAAAGAAGAAGAUGCUCAUUAAACAUGUCUAAUGCCUCAGUGUGUGUGUGUGUGUGUGUGUUCAGAUGAUGUUAUGAUGAACGCUCGUGUUGCUUCAGGUCAUGUGUCGGUCAGCUGAUGUGUUUCUGAUCGGAUCCUCCAGAAUCUGCUCCUGUUGUUCUGAACGCUGCUGUAUUAAAGUCUGUGAAAUCCU